GAUGCGUUGCUGCCCACGAAAUCCGGAUCAUUAUGCAUAUCACGGCGAUAAUGUCACAUUUGUCAAUCUUAAGACGAAAUACGAUAUCAACGAGGACCUAGCAGUGGAUUAUGUUCUUCACAACAACAUCGUAACAUCCACUCGAGAUUGGAUCGGAAUUUUUCCAAGAGGGUGGACCAAUCUUCAGCAAUACUUAACUUUUGAAUAUGCAUUUGACUGCGUGAAAAAUGCAAACUUGUCCCAACGCAGCAUUCUUUUCUUGAGCGCGUUUCUUCAGCAGGCAUUACCGAAUACCGAAUACCAAUUUGUUUAUGUUAGCAAAAGCAUUCAAGUUCUCGCGAUGAGUUUUUACUUCAGAUUUACAUCGAUCGGGAAUUUUAAUCAAGAUUUACGAAAUCAAUCGACGUGCAAGGCGGAUAGAGUAACGAGCCCUACUGGAUUUUCGCCAUAUAUUGCAGUUUCAGACCAUAUUCUGCAAAAAACAGAUAACUUUGCAACAAGCUCAGUUGCUGGGACAAAGUCAAUUCCCAGGAACACGUUACUACAAAAAAUGGGAUCUCAAAAAAUCUGUCAAUACUGUCGAAUGCCAACGGUUCGUUUUCUGAUCUCGCACAACAAUUGUUUGGUCGGACGAAUCGGCAGAUUAGAACGAGAUUUGGGAAUUGCUGAGGAAGUUGUGAAGCAUGCCAAAAUGGCACGGAGUAAUCUUUGGAAUCGUCUUCAGGCAUACGAGGCUUUUGUUGCCGAGAUGUUGAGGUCAUUGAUUGUUAAAGGAAUGGUUAAAAUAACCGACCAGUCAGGAAAGGAGAUGAUUCUUCGACGAGUCGACUCUAAAAAAAUUGAUAGCGAUUGUUCGAUGACGAGAGGGAAGAAAAGUGACGAGAAAACUUCCUCUCGGGAACGUGAAUUGGAGACUGUUAUCGAGGAACAGAAAAUCAUGAUAGAUAAAUUGGAAAAAGAAAGGGACCGAUAUCAUUCUCUGCUGAAAACCUAUAAAAAUAGUUCAGACAAGUUAUCGCAUCUCGAGAAGAAGAUAGUCAAUAGUUUGAAAAGUCAAGAGUCCGUUACCAAUGAUUUAUUCACCGUGAAGGAAUUUAACAGUCACAUUUUUCACUCAGAGGAGACAAACGUACAAUGUGCAAGUGUUGCCGAGAGAAAAUCACAGUCUGUACUCUCUGCUGAAAAGAUUAAUGGCACCGUGAAUGAUGAACCAAGAAAUGAUUUGAAUUACGGAUGCGAAGAGAAAGCUGACAAUGAUGCCUUGAAGAAUGAUGUACCUUCUGCAGUAAUUGCAGAUUUGAAUAAUGCAAAUUGGGAAGUUGUAAACGAAGAUCGCAACCCUUUAUCAGACGCCGAAGAUGACACAUCCAAGAUAGCAAAUUGUUUGCUCACCGCAGCAGGAAUAUUGCUCCAAGAAAAUGUGUAAACUAAAGAGACCAAGGAGUCUACUAGCAAUAUUUCCGAUGAUCCAAGUCCGCAUGUAAAAAUAUCUGGAAUCGUUAU